AUGAAGGGCCGGCGGCGGCGGCGCCGGGAGUACUGCAAGUUCGCGCUGCUGUUGGUGCUGUACACGCUGGUGCUGCUGCUCAUCCCCUCCGUGCUGGACGGCGGCCGCGACGGCGACAAGGGCGCUGGGCACUGCCCAGGCGUGCAGCGCAGCCUGGGAGUCUGGAGCCUGGAGGCGGCGGCGGCGGGCGAGCGCGAGCAGGGCGGGGAGGCGCGGCCGGCUGAGGAGGGCGGCAACGCGGGCCUGUCCCCCGGGGUUCCGGGCAACAUCAGCGGCGCCGUCGGGGAGGCGGUGUCGCGCGAGAAGCAGCACAUCUACGUGCAUGCCACCUGGCGCACCGGCUCGUCGUUCCUGGGCGAGCUCUUUAACCAGCACCCGGACGUUUUCUACUUGUAUGAGCCCAUGUGGCAUCUGUGGCAGGCGCUGUAUCCGGGCGACGCCGAAAGCCUGCAGGGCGCGCUGCGCGACAUGCUGCGCUCGCUCUUCCGCUGCGAUUUCUCGGUGCUGCGGCUGUACGCGCCACCGGGGGACCCGGCCGCGCUCACCCCGGGCGCGGCCAAUCUCACCACGGCCGCCCUCUUUCGCUGGCGGACCAACAAGGUCAUCUGUUCGCCGCCGCUGUGCCCCGGCGCCCCCCGUGCCCGCGCUGAGGUCGGCCUCGUCGAGGAUGCCGCCUGCGAGCGCAGCUGCCCGCCCGUGGCUCUGCGCGCCUUGGAGGCCGAGUGCCGCAAGUACCCGGUGGUGGUCAUCAAGGACGUGCGCCUCCUCGACCUGGGCGUGCUGGUGCCUCUGCUGCGUGACCCCGGCCUCAAUCUGAAGGUGGUGCAACUUUUCCGCGACCCGCGGGCCGUGCACAACUCGCGCCUCAAGUCCAGGCAGGGGCUGCUGCGCGAGAGCAUCCAGGUGCUGCGCACCCGCCAGCGGGGCGACCGCUUCCACCGCGUGCUACUGGCGCACGGCGUGGGCGCUCGGCCCGGGAGCCAGUCCCGUGCCCUGCCCGCCGCGCCGCGCGCGGACUUCUUCCUGACCGGCGCGCUCGAGGUGAUCUGCGAAGCCUGGCUGCGCGACCUGCUGUUCGCGCGCGGCGCACCCGCCUGGCUGCGGCGCCGCUACCUGAGGCUGCGCUACGAGGACCUGGUGCGGCAGCCGCGCACCCAGCUGCGCCGCCUGCUGCGCUUCUCCGGGCUGCGCGCGCUCGCCGCCCUCGACGCCUUUGCGCUCAACAUGACGCGGGGCGCGGCCUACGGCGCCGACCGACCUUUCCACCUGUCCGCGAGGGACGCCCGCGAGGCCGUGCACGCCUGGCGCGAGCGCCUGAGCCGAGAGCAGGUUCGCCAGGUGGAGGCGGCCUGCGCUCCAGCCAUGCGCCUGCUGGCCUACCCUCGCAGUGGAGAGGAGGGCGACCUGGAGCAACCCGUGGACGAGGAGAGCCCGCCUGACACCGACGCCGAUGGCGCCACGUAGGCUGCUCCCUCACACGCGCCCGCGGGACGGAUCCGGGUCAGUCAGCACAAACCGGGGCACUCAGCGUGUCACCCCAGCCCUGGAGGAGCUGCACGGGGGAGGCAGCCUCGCACGCAGGCAGAGAUGGGGGGACUCGGCCUGGGACCAACUGCCGUGUGGCUGGCAGAGCAGGACUGCCGCAAGCUGUUCCGUGACGACUGACACACUGGUGGAAAGGAAGUUUUCAGUAAGGAAAUGACAGUACAGUGUGGGUAAUGAUGGCCAUCCAGUAGCAAGAGCUCUCGUUCCCAGCCUGAACCUGCCUACCUCUGCUGGAGGUGUUCUCAGAACAGAAGAGACACGAUCGGGUACCAUUUCCCAUCAGCAGUGGGUGUCUGGACAAGACGUCAAUGUGAAUAAGGGCCCAGUGCAGUCCUGUGUAUCUUGAUUAAAUUACUUGAUAGUAAAUAAAAGGUCUGAGUGCUGUUGGUUUAAA